UUCUCUUCCACAGAUACCAAUUAACAGUAAUAACUCAAUCAAUUCUCAUUUCAAGAGUACGACUGCUGCUAGUGCUAACUCAAACUUGUCAAUAACAAGUCCAGCAAUAGUCAGGAGUUCAUUGAACAGUACCUGUCUUCAGGCGACAGAGCUGAAGUUUUUCAAGGAAAAGAUUUUAUAAUUUCUCAAGUGAGAGAGCUCCAUUUAUACAAGUGACCAAAAAAAAAAGUUUUUCAAUCGAGAGUAUUGUUCUUCAGACGUCAAUAUUUUUUGGGAAAUCCCCAUUUUGUAAUAAAAAUAGCAACACAUCCUUUUUCAGAAAAAGAAAGCAGAAAUCAUGGAGUCACAAUUGAUAGCUUUAGCCAUCGUUCUUUUCUACGCAUGCGCGACGUACGCUCAUCCGCCCAACAACAGACGCGAAGAUUUCAAACAGCUGGUGUCGCUUCUAGGUAAACUCAAGGACAUAGACAGCAGUCAGCUUGCGCACCAGACUUCUGGGGACAUUGUCACAGAAUUGCAGGACUCUGUCGAUCCCAAAGCCGGAAUGGACAAAGACACUCUGUCCAAAGCUCUCCUUAAUCGAUACGGGAUGAUGGUCAAGCGUCAGGGCGAGUGGUCUUACGACUACGGUCUAGGUGGGGGCAGGUUCGGCAAGAGAAAUUACGGCGAUUACGGCAUUGGCGGUGGAAGAUUCGGACGGGAUGUGGAUCAUGUUGACCUGUCGGACGCCAACGACCCUGACCUUCUGUCCUAAUUAAAAAAAGAAAAUUAAUAUGCCUACAAAGGCCAGAGAUUGUAUCUAUUUAAUUAAAUUUUUUUAAAA